CGCCCACACAUAACUUCACCUCGAUUAUAUCGCGGGCCAUCUCCGCGGCACACUCUAUAAUCAAGAAAGCGGUCGCAGUAAUUGUCAAGAUGGGUACUCGUAAGAAGGAAGCCUCUCGUAAAGAGCGGCAAGGUAAGACCAGUGAUGGCAUGGCGAACGUCAAGACGAAAGGCGAGAAUUUCUACAGAUCUGCCAAAAAGGUCAAGACCCUGAACAUGUUCAAGGAUGGCAAAGCGCAGCGCAAUGCAGAGGGAACAAUCACAAAGGCUGCGUCUUACCAGUCCCGCGAUGCUCCCGUAGCCCGAGUAGAACCAAAUCGCAAGUGGUUUGGCAACACGCGGGUGAUUUCCCAAGAUGCUCUUGAAGCCUUUCGAGGCGCUGUUGCAGAACAGUCAUCCGACCCGUAUUCGUAUCUUCUUAAGCAGAACAAAUUACCCAUGAGUUUGAUUCACGACAAUAAGAACACAAAGAAUGGCCUCAAGCAACAUCAGGCGAAGAUUGCAAUCGAGACCGCACCAUUCAAAGACACAUUCGGGCCCAAGGCACAAAGAAAGCGCGUCAAACUUGGUGUUAGUAACAUCGAGGAUCUGGUAGGAGACACGGCUAAAUCGCACGACACCUACGUCGAGCGCUUAGAGCAACAGAAACUCCUUAGUGGCCGAUCCGGGGAGGAUGGCAACGAAGAUGGGGAACCAGAUGACCUCGCGAAUGCUACGACUGCACGAGAAGCCAUCUUUUCUAAAGGUCAAAGCAAAAGGAUAUGGAAUGAGUUAUACAAGGUGAUUGAUUCCUCCGAUGUCAUCAUACAUGUGCUCGAUGCACGAGAUCCUGAGGGUACUCGCUGUCGACAUGUUGAGAAAUUUUUGAAAGAAGAAGCACCGCACAAGCAUCUACUCUUUGUGCUCAACAAGGUGGAUCUUGUACCAUCAAGUAUCGCUUUACGUUUCACACACGCUCUUCUAUCGCUUGUUUUUUUCGAUGUUCGAGGACUCGUUGCUAAUGCAAACAAGGCCUCUUGGGUACGAAGACUGUCAAAAGAGUAUCCCACGCUUGCAUUCCAUGCAUCUGUAAACAAUUCAUUCGGCAAAGGCUCACUGAUCCAACUUCUGCGUCAAUUUUCCUCUCUUCACUCUGAUCGCAAGCAAAUCUCUGUGGGCUUUGUCGGCUAUCCUAACACUGGAAAAUCAAGCAUCAUCAACACGCUUCGUAAGAAGAAAGUCUGCACCGUUGCCCCAAUCGCCGGAGAGACCAAGGUCUGGCAGUACAUUACCUUGAUGAAGCGGAUCUACUUGAUCGACUGUCCUGGUAUUGUGCCACCGAGUAUGACAGACACAGAUGAGCAGCUAUUACUACGCGGAGUAGUUAGAGUAGAGAAUGUGGAGAACCCAGAGCAGUACAUUGAGGCAGUUUUGAGUCGCUGUCAGCAACGACAUCUGCAACGCACCUAUGAGGUCAAGGAUUAUUCCAAUGCGAUAGAGUUUCUGGAGAAACUAGGUCGCAAAGGCGGAAGACUCCUCAAAGGCGGCGAGGUCGAUCUGGACGGCGUUGCUAAAAUGGUCCUGAAUGAUUUCCUGAGAGGCAAGAUUCCAUGGUUUACUCCGCCACCUCCAUCCGAGCAAGAUGGCGAGAGUGGCGUAACUGGAAGAGAAGGCAGGCUUGGUGAAAUGGGUAAGAAGAGGAAACGGGAAGAUGAAGAAACGACCAUUGACGCUGCGGGUGCGUCAUCCCCGGCAAUCGACGAGGAAUUCGAGGGCUUUGACGACAAUGAUGUCGAGGUCAAUGAAGAUGAUAAUAACAACGAUGAUGAUUCGGAUAGCAUCCCCUCGGAUGCCGUCGUCGAUCUCGAUUCUGAGGACUCAGUCUCAGGCGUUGAAGAUACAGAUGCGGCGACACUGGUGGCCCCUGAAAGCGACGAGGAGUCGUCAGUUACACAUACUGCGCAGAAACCCAAAGCAAAUAAGCGAAGGAAAAAGGUUUAG